AUGGAUAGCUCUGCAGCCCAAAAGGUACGUUAUGGUACUCAUAUGCUAGCUGAAGAGGUUGAUGAUUGGUGGCUUGGCACUCGUCAGAGAUUAGGGGCUGCAAGUGAGGUGAUUACUUGGGUUAUGUUCACUCGGGAGUUCCUAAGGAAUUAUUUUCUAGAGGAUGUUCGGGGCAAGAAAGAGAUGAAGUUCCUUGAGCUGAAACAAGGGAAUUCAACCGUUGCUGAGUAUGCUGCCAAAUUCGUAGAACUUAUGAAGUUUUAUCCAUACUAUAGUGCAUAUACUACUGAUUUUUCUAAUUGUAGGAUCUAUGAGGAGGACAAUAGGACUCAUUUAGCGUAUUAUAAGAGUCACAAUGAGAAAAAGGGAAGGAACCAAGACCGUGGUAAGCCAUAUAGUACUCCUGUUGAUAAAAGGAAACAGAAGGUUUCCGAUGGGAAGAAGACAAGUGGGGUAGGAGCUCCCGCUCCUGCCAACUACUAUAGGUAUGGUGAAAAAGGUCAUCGUUAUAAUGAAUGUGAGAAUAAGGAUGAUGGUCCGACUUGUUACAAAUGUGGUAAGACAGGUCAUCAUGCUCAUGAAUGCAAGGACGAUGGUCCGACUUGUUUUAAUUAUGGAGAACAGGGUCAUAUUAGUACCUAG